AUGGCUCUAUCCCAAGCAGCCGCACAGGUCGAAAAGAUCAUCGGCCAUGGCGGCGAGGCCACCACAGAACAAAACCUCUCAAACCCCGCCAACGACCCAUCAAAAUACGCAGACCCAUCCGGUGAGAAGAUGAAGGCCCUAGUAUGGAACGGCAAAAACUCCGUCAAAGUGAUUGAAACGUUCAAACCAGCCAAAAUCGAAUCCACCGACGUGAUUGUCAAAGUCACCGGCUCAACCGUCUGCGGGUCCGAUUUGCACUUAUACCACGGAUCCAUCGUCGAACUUCAAAAGGGCGACAUUCUAGGCCACGAAUUCUGCGGCGUCGUCGAGAGCGUGGGCCCCGAAAUCAAAAAAAUCAAGCCCGGCGACCGGGUCGUCUGCAGUUUCCAAAUCGCCUGCGGCAGCUGCAUGUACUGCCAACGCAAGCUGAGCAGCCAAUGCGAAAAGACAAACGACAACACGAUCGAAAACAUCAUGUACGGCGGCCGCACGGCCGGAAUGUUGGGCUACUCCCAUUUCACGGGCGGCUUUGCCGGCGGCCAAGCCGAGUACGUGCGUGUGGCAUACGGCGACGUCAAUCUGUUGAAAUUGCCAGACGAUGUCCCCGAUGAAAAGGGCCUGUAUCUGUCCGAUGUGCUGGCCACGUCGUGGAAUGCUGUUGUGGACACGGGCGUCAAGGAAGGAGACGUCGUCGCCAUCUGGGGCGCGGGACCGAUCGGGCAAAUGUGUGCCGAUUUCGCCUUUCUCAACGGCGCCAAAAGAGUCAUCUUGAUCGAUGGCGGUGCGGGUGCCUGGCGUUUGGAUUUCGUGAAAUCGAAACUCCCGAAAGUUGAGACCAUUGAUUUCACAAAUCUCCCCAAAGGUGAGAGUAUCACUUCUGUCCUGAAGAAGAUGGAACAUGGUGGUCCAGAUGUCGCGAUUGAAUGUGUCGCUGGUGAAUAUGCGAAGGGGUGGGCGCAUUAUUUUGAGAUUUUGUUGGGGGCUGAGACGGAUACUUCGGAAAUCGUCAAUGAGAUGAUCACCUCGGUCAAGAAUUUCGGUCGAUGUGGUAUUACGGGUGUUUAUGCGGGGUUUACGAACCAUUUCAAUAUUGGGUCGCUGAUGGAGCGUGGCAUUCGUCUCAUUGGUAAUGGACAGGCUCCUGUCCAUUUGUAUUGGGAGGAUCUGUUGAAGAAGAUUCAGGAUGGGAGUAUCGAUCCCCUGCGCAUGGUCAGUCAUCGUGUCUUGCUGGAGGAGCUGGAAGAGGUUUACAAGCGCUACGAUGCCCGUGAGAAGGGCAUGCAGAAGGUCUUUGUUCAGACGAAAUUCUCUGGGCCGCCGUGUCCUGGUGCUCCGGCGUUGACCAAGUAUGGGACCGCUGAGUAG